AUGUCCAUGGAAGACCCUUUCUUCGUCGUCAAGGGCGAGGUGCAGAAGGCGCUGAGCGGCGCUCAGAGCCUCCACGGGAGAUGGAGCCUGUUGCUGUCGGAAGGGGGCGGCGCCUCCAAGGAGGAGAUGGACUGGACCGCCAACGAGCUGAGGAACAGCCUGCGCUCCAUCGAGUGGGACCUGGAAGACCUGGACGAGACGGUCGGCAUCGUGGAGUCCAACCCUAAGAAGUUCAACCUGGACGGCGCCGAGCUGGCCAAGAGGAAAGCCUUCAUCGCCGCCACCAGGCGCGCCGUCAAGGAAAUGAAGGAGCGCAUGUCCGCCGGUCCGGCCGUGACCUUCGCGGACAAGCGGGUGAGCGGGGCGUCCAAACCGCCGUCGCCAAAUGCGGCGAACGAGUACGGGGCGCCGGAGCGCCGAGCCAACGCCGACUUUCUGGAGGAGCAGCAGCUUCAGCAGCAGCUGAUGGCGGAGCAGCAGGACGAGCAGCUGCAGCUGGUGUCCGGAAGCAUCGGCGUCCUCAAGAACAUGUCGGAGCGCAUCGGCCUGGAGCUGGACCAGCAAGCCGACGCGCUGGACGACAUGGGCCAGGAGAUGGAGCGGGCGCAUUCCCGACUGGACAACGUCAUGAAGAAAAUGGCCAAAGUGUCCCACAUGACUAGCGAUCGCCGCCAGUGGUGCGCCAUCGGCGUGCUCCUGGGCGUCCUCCUGCUGGUCCUCGUCCUCCUCUUUGUCCUGUGA